AUGUCGUCUGCGUCUGGGAACUCGUCGGCCAACACGCAACGUUUCCUCCGCUCUCAGAAGCUCCGCCAAGCGACUUUUAUUCUCCCGAAAACCGGCCAACGUCUCAAAGGCCUAGUGCAACUACGAAAUCCGCGCUUCGAUUCCAAUAAUAAUCAUGCCGAUGAUGAAGAACGACGAGGACUCCUCUCAGGAGAGAUUCGCCCCUCUCCAAAGAGCUUCAUUCCACGUGUAAAAACAAAGCUUUGGGAUGGUUGUCACUCGUUGCGGCAAUUUGUUUUAUCUGAGCUUGGAAUAGGUGUCCUAAAGUGCAGCCUAGCCUAUUUGCUUGGGUCUCUGGCGACGUUUGUUCCAGUCCUGGCAGCAUUUCUCGGUCGCCAGGAUGGCAAGCAUAUGGUCGCGACCAUAACAGUUUAUUUCCAUCCAGCUAGAUCACAGGGGAGUAUGUUUAAGGCAUUGAUCUGUGCGUUCCUGGCCUUUGUCUAUACGGCCUUCAUUUCAGUCACUAGUAUGUGCGUUGAAAUGUUCUUCCAAGAUACAUUGGACUUGCUCCCACUAGGACACGCGAUAGUUCUUAUUGUUUUCUGUGGGGGUGGAUUGGGGUUUAUUGGAUGGACGAAACAAAGGCUGAGCGAUCCGCUCGUCAAUGUUGCGUGCUCUUUGGCCUCGCUCUCCACGAUUAGUGUCUUAACGAAGGAAGGCGCGGUUCAAGCUGGGGAUCUGUCCUUUGCAAAAAUUUCCCAAGUCUUGAAGAUGGUUGUUAUGGGUGUCGGUGCUACUAUGGCCGUGUCGUUCCUUAUUUUCCCUAUCUCCGCGCGAAAGAAGUUGCGGUCUAACCUCACCAGCGUGACUGAGUCCAUGGCGACAAUGCUAGCUCUUAUUACAGAGAGCUUCUUGAGUGGCUCUGAAGAGGAGCUUCAGGCCACAGAAUUUGUUGAUGCGGCCGCCCGGCAUAAAAAAGCCUACGCCCAGCUUGACUCCCUCGUCAAAGAAGCUAAACUUGAACACUUUUUUGGAGGCACUGAGAAGGAGUACCGCUUGGAGAAAAAUCUUGUUCGCUGGGUACAAGAUAUUACCCAUAAUAUGGGAGGCUUACGCAGUGCUGCUUCAUUACAAUUCCAGCUUCUAAAGCAGACCAAACUUGCUGAGCCGCCACAGGCUCCAAAUAUAGAGACACCAUAUCACAGAAUUGACCCUCGCAGGCCGAUGAGCCCUUGGUCAAUACCCGAGGAUCGGGCUUACCUUGAACCGAUUGACGAGAGACCAGAAGAAGCAGCAUCGGAUCCUGACCUCUUUAGACCAACUCUAAGUCGUAGGCAGACUUCUGAAUCCGAAGCCAGCCUAGCCCUCCUUCCUGCUGAUAUAUUCGCCAUUUUCAUAGACCAUCUGGGGCCUUCUAUGAGGUCCCUCGCUUUUACGCUCAAGGAAAUAUUCAAGGAAAUACCUUUUGCGCCAGAUCGGCACUACAAAGUUUCCAUCGAUAGCAGAUUCCGCACCAGUCUCGACCGUGCUCUUGAACUUUAUAAAACAUCUCGAGAGGAAGCGUUAAAAACGAUAUACCGGCAGAAGGAAAUCUUCAAGAUUAAAACAGUAGAGCUUGAAGCAGACUUGGAAGAGGUUGCCGCUAGUUGUGGGCAUUUUAGCUUCUCGCUGCUAGAAUUUGGCGAACAACUAAAAGACUUACUCGACAUUCUGGAUGAACUACAGCUCGAGUCCGAAGAACAGCCGCAUGGCAAGUCUUGGACCUGGUUAAAGUUUUGGCGCAAAAGCGAGCCUGAGCGGAGGCUAAAAUCAUCCGAUCAAUCGCUGAUUGAUUCAACCCCCUUAAGAGGAGCUGCUGCUCCUCAACCCGUGCAUAUCCGGUCAAACCCUCAGGGUGAUGCCUCUAAACCUGGAAAGCCAUCCGCGAAAGUCAGGCUUGGAUACCAAAUCUGGAAAUCCGUCCGCGUGUUCCGAAGAGAUGAUAUGAAAUUCGCAAUCAAGGUCGGCACUGGCGCAGCCCUAUAUGCCUUGCCUUCCUUCAUCCCAUCAACUCGACCAUUUUACUCACAUUGGCGAGGAGAAUGGGGUCUGUUAUCGUACAUGUUAGUCUGCUCCAUGACAAUCGGAUCGUCUAACACCACCGGAUAUGCACGUUUCCUCGGUACAUGCCUCGGUGCGGUGUGUGCCAUCCUCUCUUGGUAUAUCACUGCCGGUAAUGUGUUUGCUCUCGCAUUUCUGGGCCUGCUCAUGGCCACUUGGACGUCCUACAUCAUAAUAGUUAAACGUCAAGGCCCAAUGGGUCGCUUCAUUAUGCUUACAUACAAUCUCUCCGUCUUAUACGCGUAUUCACUUACCCAACAAGACGGCCAAGAUGACAAGGACGAGGGAGGGGAUAGCCCCGUCAUUACUGAGAUCGCUCUCCAUCGAGUUGUGGCGGUUUUCUCCGGUUGCAUUUGGGGCAUCAUCAUCACAAGGUUUAUAUGGCCCAUUAGCGCACGGAAAAGACUAAAGGAUGGCCUCGCCUUGUUAUGGCUCCGAAUGAGUUUGAUCUGGAAAUCCGGCCCACUGUCUGCAGCACACAGUUUCAAGCAGUCGACUGAAUUCAUGAGCGUUAGGGAUAAGCUUGAGGUUGAGAGGUUUCUAGCGCAUUUGGAGUCUCUUCAGGCCUCUGCGCGUUCCGAGUUUCAGCUCAAGCAAGCGUUUCCAGAUGCUGUCUACACCAAUCUCCUUAGGCGAACGCGGAGCAUGGUGGAUUCGUUUGUUGCUAUGAAUCUGGAGCUAGCCAAGAAUAUGACUUCUUCGAACGGAGAAUUGGCCAUUCUUAACUACACGGGCCCAGAGAGACAACAUCUGUCAUCCCGAAUUAGCCAUCUAUUGUCUUCCAUGGCUUCUUCCAUGAAGUUAGAGUAUCCCCUGAAUGAUAACCUACCCAAUGUUGAGAAUGCGCGAGACCGGCUUCUCGCUCGCCUCUUCCACUAUCGCAAAGACCUGGAAGUUUCUCGGUCUUCGACGGACGAGGAUUACUCGCUGCUUUACGCCUACGUGCUGGUGACGGGGCAGUUGUCGAAGGAGAUUGAGGGGAUAUCAGAGGAAAUCGGACGACUCUUCGGGGUUCUUGAUGAGGAUGCAGUCAAACUAUAUCCAUAG